UCCGGGUGUAUACCACCGGAAGCGCGCUGUAGACAUUUUUUUUUGUCUUUUUACUCUGCAUUGAAAUUUUCGGUUAUUGCAUGUAAUUUUAUGCUAAUAGAAAGUGUUAGAAGAAGUGGAAAAUGUUGUCUUUGGACUUUCUGGACGAUGUUCGGCGAAUGAAUAAGCGCCAGCUCUAUUACCAGGUGUUGAACUUUGGUAUGAUUGUAUCAUCUGCCUUAAUGAUUUGGAAAGGCCUGAUGGUUGUGACUGGCAGUGAGAGCCCAAUUGUGGUAGUUCUCAGUGGAAGCAUGGAGCCAGCAUUUCACCGUGGUGACCUUCUCUUUCUGACCAACCGAGUAGAAGAUCCCAUCAGAGUUGGUGAAAUUGUGGUCUUCAGGAUAGAAGGAAGAGAGAUCCCAAUUGUACACAGAGUACUUAAAAUUCAUGAAAAAGAAAAUGGAGACAUUAAAUUCUUGACGAAAGGUGACAACAAUUCGGUUGAUGACCGAGGGCUGUACAAGCAAGGGCAGCACUGGCUAGAGAAGAAGGAUGUGGUGGGGAGAGCCCGAGGGUUUGUGCCAUACAUUGGAAUUGUUACAAUCCUGAUGAAUGACUACCCAAAAUUCAAAUAUGCAGUUCUGUUCUUGUUGGGUCUCUUUGUCCUUGUCCAUCGGGAGUGAAGAAAGUCAACAUCAAGAACAGUGUUGUGAGGCUUACAACCACACAUCUCCUGUUAGCUUUCUGUGUUGUUUCUGUAUCUAUCUUGCCAGUGUACCUAUGAAUAGGUAAAUGGGCAGGUUCAUGUCUGUGAUAUUUUUACUCUUUCACUGGGUUACCACCACCUCAAAACUCAGUCUAAAAAAGGUU